GUGUUCAAGCCGACGUCGUCGUCACUCACUUCGAAGCCAAGGAAUGUUUCUCUGGUCGCUGCAUUGGGACAGAGGUGUUUUCAGUUUCCCGUUAACUCCAGAACGCGGACUGCUUUGCCUACAGUAACUGAGCGAGUUUGACAUAUUGGAUAUUUUAUUUUCGAUAAACGAGAGCUGUACCGACGGCGGGCACUUUAUUGAACUCGUGUUGCUCUGCAUUUUAGCAAUUAGAUUGAACUUUGAAAUCCACCUCUCACCUACACGUUUGGGAUCACGUUGAGGAAUUGAAACGUAAGAUMUUUGAAAACUUUCCCUUGCAUUACAAGAAUAGAAUAGAAUGCUCGACACAAUGUCUGUUUGCUUCGAAAUUAAGCGCCUAUGGUGCUGAGAUGAAAGGAAAUAGGGAAUAUCUAUGAACACACGGACAUCUAUGCCUGAGAGCCUGGACAUUAUUCACCAACAACAGAGCUGCUGAUAAAAAGCAAGCAACUUCUGUGGGAUAAAACAUUUUUUUUUUGGGGGGGGUCAUCGUUGUUGCUGGUCACAGGAGAUACUGAAAUAUGGGUUCUAGCCUGACAUGUGCGGGCGUGGUGUGGGCUCUGCUCUCCUUCCUGUGUGCGGCGGCCUCGUGUGUGGGUUUCUUUAUGCCAUACUGGCUCCUAGGGUCCCAGAUGGGUAAACCCGUCUCCUUCGGGACCUUCCGGCGGUGCUCGUACCCGGUGCGUGAUGAGGUUCACCAGGCCACGGUGAUGCUGGAGCAGUGUGGGCGUUACGCCUCGUUUCAGGGCAUCCCCAGUCUGGAGUGGAGGAUCUGUACGGUGGUGACAGGGGUGGGCUGUGGCCUGCUGCUCCUGGUGUCCCUCACGGCCCUGAUGGGCUGCUGUGUGUCUGACCUCAUCUCCAGGACCAUUGGACGGGUGGCCGGGGGCAUCCAGUUUGUAGGGGCGUUGCUGAUUGGGUCGGGGUGUGCACUCUACCCUCUAGGUUGGGACAGUGAGGAAGUCCGACAGACAUGCAGCAACAGAUCCAACCAGUUUGAGCUUGGUUCUUGUGAGAUUGGCUGGGCGUUCUACUGCACAGGAGCAGGGGCAGCAGCAGCCAUGAUGUUAUGUACCUGGAUGGCCUGCUUCGCUGGGAAGAGAAAGAAGCAGUACCCGUACUGAUGGCAUCAAGGCAGGGCGGCCAUGAUGACAACUUGAAACAACACUUGAGACUCAGAGCAAGGGAGAAUAUCAGGGGGACAGAGUCUGUAGGCUAGCUAUGCACUCUGUCAUAAGUGAAAAGUAAAAGAGCGGACCACCUUGUGCUGUAUUUGAUGCUGCAGUAGAAAGCAAUACACAACACACGUAAUGAGACACUCCAUCGUUCUGCAGAGCACUUCAAAGAGUGGAGUCCACAUACUUGGUUGUCAUUGACAGCAAGAGCAACAACAUGUGUUUCCAUCUCUCUUUUCUUUUUUCCAUGUUUUGUUUGGUUGCUCCUCUAUCCCCCCUCCAGUCUGUCGUGUUCCAGUCCCUGUACUACAACUCUUCAUCGUAACUGAAGUAAUGGCACAACCUGUGGUAAAGAGAAAUUACUCUACUUUUGAUGUUACUUUGUUAUUGUGAGUAUUUUAUAUCCUGUAUUUAAUUAAUAUGUUUUGUGCCCCCACGUUGGCUUAGUGUUGCCUUAAAUAUAUAAACCUUUACUGGUAACUUGCAAUAAUUUUGAACUGUUAUCAUGUCUAUUUACAGUAUAUCUAUAAACAGGGACUAUUGAAGUCCCUCACCAUGUGCAUCUGUCAAAUAUGAAUGAUGUAUGUUUUUGUGUAUUAUGUUUAUUGUAUUACGACAACAUAUUCGCACCUUUUGUACGAAACACUAUGUCUAAUUUGACUUGGUUUUGUAAAUACGUUGUAUAUAGAUAUUGUUACUUUGAAGUCUUAAUUAACAAAUAAAACGUUCAGCAGUGGAGAA